AUGAGGAGCCUCACAAGACUCGCCCUGCUACCUCUGGUAGGUGCGGUUUCAAGUGCUUCAGAGUUGACAUAUGACUACAUUGUUGUCGGAGGUGGCACUAGUGGCUUAGUCGUUGCCAACCGCUUGUCAGAGCAGAGUAACAUAACUGUUCUCGUUAUUGAAGCCGGAGGCUCGGUAUUCAACAACAUCAACGUGACUGACACCGGUGGCUACGGUAACGCAUUUGGCACCGAUAUUGACUGGGCCUAUGAGACAGUGAAUCAGCAAUGGGGUGGGGGAACCAAGCAGACAGUUAGAGCUGGAAAGGCUCUAGGAGGUACAUCAACCAUCAAUGGAAUGGUGUAUCUGCGGGCACAAACGAGUCAGAUAGACGCGUGGGAAAAGAUUGGAAACCCAGGAUGGAACUGGGAGAAUAUGUUCCCUUACUUCAAGAAGGGUGAACAGUUUCAGGUUCCAAGUGACUAUUCGUUCUUGGAAGGUUCCGGUGUCGCCUAUGAUCCUGCCUACCACGGAUAUGACGGUCCUUUGAAAGUGGGUUGGACUUCGACACAAUUGAACGAUGGCCUGGCACAAGUUAUGAACACCACGUAUCAAAAUAUGUCAGACCCAAUUCCUUACAACAAGGACCCGAAUGGCGGUCAGAUGGUCGGAUACACGCUGUACCCCAAGACCGUGAACUCCGACCUUAACAUUCGUGAGGAUGCCGCUCGGGCAUACUACUACCCCUACCAAUCUCGCAAGAAUCUUCACGUCUGGCUUCACACAAAUGUCAACAAACUCAUUUGGAAGGAUGGAACCGACGUGACUGCGGAGGGUGUUGAGUUCACCUUGUCCAAUGGCACAACUGCAUCGGUCAAGGCAUCCCGUGAAGUCAUUCUCGCAGCUGGAGCAUUGAAGUCCCCACUUCUACUUGAGUUGUCCGGCAUCGGAAACCCAGAUAUUCUGUCCAAGUUUGGCAUCGAGACAAUAAUCAAUCUGCCAACCGUCGGCGAAAACCUCCAAGACCAAAUGAACAACGGACUGGCCUACGACUCGAAGAUCAAUUAUACCAAGUCCGCCGACUACGUCGCGUACCCUUCAGCUGAACAACUCUUCCCAAAUGCCACUGCCGUUGGCGCUCAGCUUCUCCGCAAGCUUCCCGCCUAUGCAGCUCAGGUUACUUUAGCCAAUGGAAACGUCACUCGAGCCGCCGAUAUCGAGCGCUUCUUCAAAAUUCAAUGGGACUUGAUCUUCAAAUCCGGUAUUCCAGUCGCAGAAAUCCUACUCGAGCCAUCCGGAUACACCUAUGACACUGAAUACUGGGGCUCUGUUCCCUUCUCGCGUGGAAACAUCCACAUCUCAUCCGCAGACCCAACUGCUCCUGCCACUAUCGACCCGAAAUACUUCAUGCUGGACUUUGACCUGCACGCCCAAGUCCAAGCUGCUCGGUUGAUCCGUGACAUAUUCAAGACUGAGCCAUUUGCAGACAUGGCAGGUGCUGAGACUAGCCCUGGAUAUUCAACUGUCUCUGCUGACUCUGGUGAUGAAGGCUGGUCUUCGUUCCUCAAGUCCAACUUCCGAUCAAACUUCCACCCUAUCACCACGGCUGGUAUGAUGCCCAAGGAGAUUGGUGGGGUUGUAAACACAUCACUGAAGGUCUACGGCACUACCAAUGUUCGUGUUGUUGAUGCAUCAAUCAUCCCGUUCCAGGUUUGUGGGCAUUUGCAAAGUACAGUCUAUGCAGUUGCGGAGCGUGCUGCGGAUAUUAUCAAAGGCUUGCUAUAA